CACUAUGUUAUAUAACAAGGAAACUCCAUUUAUCCUCUCUUUAUCACACAUAACACGUGAUCGGAGGCGUGCUUUUCACUCCAGUGAGUCUGCAACUUUUACUGAGUCUGUCUCCCAGCGUUGAUAUUGACACAACAAGCUACAAAUAUGGCUUCAGUACCAAAAACUCACAAGAGGCUUAUGGUGCACAAAUUGACAUCUAACUUCAGAGAAGCUGUUAAAACCGAAACAGCAGACGUGUGCAAGCCGAAGAAAGGUGAAGUGUGCAUAAAAAAUAAAUAUGUUGGAAUUAAUGCAACUGACGUUAACAUGACUAAAGGAAGAUAUUUUGUGUCCGGAAAAGUACCAUUUGGAGUAGGCCUUGAGGGGAUUGGAGAAGUAGCAGAAGUUGGUGAAGGUGUGGAACACUUAAAAGUCGGACAAACUGUAGCUUAUAUAAAUGGAAAUUCAAAUUCUUACGCUGAGUAUUCUUGUGUGCCAGCCAUGGGCACUUUUCCCGUACCUGAUACAAAACCAGAAUAUAUAGCACUCCUCGUGAGUGGUCUGACAGCUUCAAUAAGUUUAGAUAAAUGUGGUCGCAUCGUGGCUGGAGAGACAGUAUUAAUCACGGCUGCAGCAGGAGGUACUGGCCAUAUAGCCGUUCAGUGGGCAAAGGCGGCUGAAUGUCAUGUCAUUGGUACUUGUUCAACACCAGAAAAAGAAAAACUUUUGAAGGAACUUGGCUGUGAUCGUGUAAUUAACUACAAAACAGAAAAUUUGGAUGAAGUUUUAACCAAGGAAUAUAAGGAAGGUGUCAAUGUUGUUUGGGAAACAAUAGGCGGAGAAGUUUUCCAAACUUGCCUGAAACAUCUCUCAAUUAAAGGAAGAAUGGUUGUUGUUGGAGGAAUUUCAGGUUAUAAAACAGAAGAUCAACAAAUGAAAUGGAAUGCUGAAUUGUCCACAUUGCCUGCUCAACUUCUGACAAAGUCAACUGCUGUUCAAGGUUUUCUUUUGACUCAUUACAUGGAUUGUUUCCCGACCUACUAUAAGUAUUUGAGCGAACACCUUCAGAGUGGAAAGUUAAGAAUUGUAAUUGAUACAGGGUCCAAAACAGCUGAUGGAGAAUUUCUCGGAAUGGAAGGAAUAAUAAGAGGAGUAGAACAUUUGCACUCGGCUAAAAAUUCUGGGAAAGUCAUUGCAAGAAUUUCCUAAACUCUGAAGACCAGAACGUCACUUUUCAAGAUUAUCAUUCAAGAGAAUUCAGAUAUGUGAUAUAAUUGUGUUAAAAAUGAUCUCAUAAGGAGAGACAACUGUGAUUAAAGUAUUAAAAAUUA